AGAUUGUUUACAAUAUUUCCUGCUUGUGAAGUCUGGGACUGGAGCCAAAGUCAAAAUAUCAGACGCUAAUUCAAAUCCAUUACCGUAGAGGAAAGCCUAUGAAUUUAAGAAGAACAAGGUAGAGACGUCCGAGGAAACACUAAAGACAAACUGUUGCUUGCUGCCUGAGAAAAAGGUGAUUUUGUCUUUGAAGGAUUUAUACAACUGUAAGAAACUCUAUUGACUAGGGACUGAUAUGUGAAGAGUCAUGUUUGGCUCAGAAUUUGGGUUGGUAAAAGUUAAUAAGGGGAGUAUAUAGGGAUACAUAAUUUCUGCUAAGAUUCUGCUAAGGCUAGGGAGUGAGAUGGAGCCUGGUAGCCCCUUUGUUAUAGUAAGUGGAGUUUUACGAUAUGAUAGUAUGUUGAAAUUAGAAGGGUUUCAUUUUGAAUGAUUAUGGUGUGAUGUUGUCAUUUCCAUUGAUGAGAAUGAAAACAACAAAGUGUAAGCAGGUUAAGAAAAGUAUAUUAGAAAAGCUCAAAUACUUGAUAGAUUUAUUUACCAUAUAAACAUUACACCUUUAAGUGGCUUUAUGUCAGCAGUUUUUCAUCGGGUGUUAAAAGUUGACAGUAUUCAUUUGUGCUGUGACCACAUCCUGAACACCUCGCUUCAUUUGCCAAGACACCAUUUUUUUAUGCCAAUGAUGUCCUUAUCCAUGUCUAUAUUGAAAUAAUGCUCAAGAGCAGUAAACAUGUUAUCUAGGAGAAGUGUCAUGCAUUGUGUAAAUUCCAUACUAAUUACAAAUACACAUACAAAAUAAGUGCAAUGAUAAAAUCGCUAUAGUAGGGUCGUGUGUAUACUGUAAAUAUUAUAUAAAAGCAAAUGUCUGAUGAGAGGACCUCUAACAUGUCUAUUGAAUGUAUGUGUGGAUAGUUUUGGUUCCUAUUGUUGUUGUAUGACAAUAGUGUUUACCCAGUCACAUUUUGACUGUGGUAUGCAGAUUAUUGCACAAAAUCUUUUUGUUUUCUUAUGUACACUAUAUCAUCUUGCAUAUCUUUUUCCAGAUGUGUCAUUCAAUCGUAUAAAGUGGUGUAUUUAUUUAUACAUCAUUUCUACUUAAUUGUGUUAAUGAUAUUGUUGGAAGUUCAUUUAAAUGACCAACUUUGAUAUGUAACAGUGCUUUAAAAAGCCUCUACCAGCUAUACUGUAUGUACAACAAUUUGAUGAAGUGAGAGUACGUACUGUAUAGUAGAGCAUAUAUUGCCAAUAAUGUAGCCUUAUCUUCAGGUUCCCUUUCUGAUGUACCUUUUUAACAGUGUCGUAGUUCUAAAUAUACCAAAGUCCUUUGAUUAGGCCUAAAGUGCCAGAUUUCUCUCUGCUCAAAGGUACACACCCUGUAGUGAUAUUGCAUUGUGAGGUAAUAUUUACAAAUGCGCUGCAAUACCUGCAUUAACAUUGUUUACAGAAAUUCUUACCUUGUUAUCUUUUGCUCUCUAAGGAUACUAAAGCACUGUAACAUGAGAUGGAUUUGUUUCUGUAUGAUUGUCUUUCCCUCUAUGCUUUGUCAACUUUUUGUUAAGUAUUUGUUUUUGAAUCACUACACAAGGUGGGUUAUUGUAUUUUUUUGUCUACAUCUUUGUAAUAAACUAAAUGAAAUAAGAUUGUUGAGGAUGUAUGAAGAUAAUGUCAGGAUUUGUAUCUGUGAAUUAUUAAUUACUUUUUGAGAUUAUGAAAUUGUAAGGCCAAAUUCAGUGAUUAGCCAAUGUGUAUCUGCCUUAUUUAUACAGCAAAAUAAAAGCAAAAGUCAAUGAAAGCCUUUUUUUUUUUAAAUUCUUUUCAUUCUGAGAUGCAAAUCUGGAUUACUUUGUACUAUUACAGAGUCAAAAACUUUUUCUAGUGUGUUCAAUGGAAAAUACUUUAUUAGGCAGCAGAAUGGCCCCUGUCUGUCAUUAUCAUGCAUUGUUGUAUUUUGAUUACUAAUACAUACAUAAUACAGUGUUCGGUAGCUAAAGUUAUAACACAUCAAAUAUAGAAAACGCAUCAUGGGUUUUCUCUUUAAAAACUGGAUUUAGAGUUCCUUAUAACUAUCUCUGUAAUUUGAAAGUGGCACAACGUGGUGUAGUACACUACUUGUACUUCGUGGGGUAAAGUAAUAACUAUUUAGACUAUAAAACUCUGCCUUCCAUUUCUGUCUUAAAUGCUUUUGGAGUUUAGCAAACACUAGGAACCCAAAAUCACUUGGUAACGUUGCACUAGAUUCAACCAGAAAGGUCAAAUGCACACAAUUGGCCAUUACAAUGGAGCUAACGGUAAUGCACGCGGGAUGAUGAGCACUGCUUCUACUCCUCCUACGGAUGUUUACGGUUGCCAAGCAACGGUUGCCAGUGCGCUGGUUUAUCAGUGAUACUGUAAGGUGGUCCAAUGCAGAGCGCUGAAGGUGAGGAAGGAGGUUAGGGAAGGAAGCUCCAGACAAACUGAGGAUGGAAAUGACAAAGCAGCAGAGUAUCUACUGUGAGGCGACCGCUCCACCUGCUCAAGCGAAUCACCCAGGACCAGAGCCUGAGGACCCGUCCCUCCAGCCUCACCCUGACCACAGUGGUGCAGAUGACUACUCACCUGCAUCCACACAUUCAGUGCAAGGAAAUGCAGCUCAAGCGCCGUUAACACUUCACCUCUCAAACCUUAACAUAUCAGAAGACAUGGAGGAUCGAGAGACGCUGCCGGAGGACGAGGAAGAGGAGAGAGAGGACCACGAGUUAAUUGUUCUUGACCCUGAACAUCCCCUGGUCAAAAGGCAUCGAACUGCUCUCAACAUUCAGCUCAGAAAGCAGCUGGAAAGGAUCAACCUGGAACUGAACCAAAAGCAUGCAAUGGUGAAGGCAGAUGCUAAACACCAACUGGAGCUAGGUGUUGAGACGUUCAGGGUUCAGGAGAAGCUGGCCAGACUCCGGACCAGACUGGAUGACCGUCAUCAUGCUAAGGCACAGGCUGAAGCCAAACAUCAACAGACACAAGAUCAGCUGGAGGCAAUGAAGAGCCAGCAUUCCAGGAUUACCAGCCAAAACGACAAAGCCAAAGCCAAUGUGUCCCAGUUACAAGCGAAGACAGACGACCUGAUGCUGCAGCUCGCCUUCACACGAGGAGUCAGUCAAGAUCUGCGCUCAAAUGUCAAAGCCACGAAGAAUGCCAGAAGCAAAGCGAGAGCUGUGAAGAACCAGGCUGAAGAUCAGAAGUUGAAGCAGGAUUUAUAUGUGGAGCGUCUAACAAAGGAGAAGGAGAGGCAGACGCAGCAGAUAGCCUUGUAUGAGGCCCAGGCCAAAGCUCAAGCAGAGGAGACACAGGCGGCCAAAGAGGCUCACUCUGAGGCUGAGAUGGAGAUGGAGUCUCUGGUGAUAGCGCGUAAACAGCUGCUGCAGCAGUGGAGCAGCUGCCUCGUGGGCAUGAGGAAACGAGACGAGGCCUUCAGCGCCAUGCAAGAGGCCAUGCGCACCGUUGAGCACCAGGUGAUUUUGAUGGACAGAGAGAUUGAAGAUUACAAGAGAUCCAUUAUUGAAGAGCAAGAGCGAAGUGAGACACUAACUAUGCAGCUGAAGGGGUCCCAGACGGACGGGGCCACAUCCACAAAGCUGAUCAGUCAGAAGCAGGCCCAGCAAGAGGCUCUGCAGGCCCACUACAGCACCAGCCUCCGCACUCUGAGGGAGACGGAGCUCACCCUCGCCAGGCUCUCUAAGGACAUCAGCGCCCACCAUGUUGAGGUGAACGAUCAGAGGAGGCAGUUGGAGAAAGAGAGCGCUUUGCGUCUGGAGUCGGAGGAAAAGAUCAUGACCCACAUCCAGCAGGAGCUCACCCACAACAACGCUGCCAAGUACUCGCAACGGCUCACCGGCAAGAUAGCCACGCUCAAGAAGCAGAAGCUCUCUCAGUUGUGGCAUUUGGAGAACGAUGUAGUGGCGAUGGGACUGGAGAGCAGCGAGGUCGGCCAACAUCUGGACAGCCUGACACUCACCCAGGAGGGCCUCGAUGAGGAGAUCGCAAAGUACACCGAGUCACUGACAAUCAACCAGGCUAAGAGCUCUUCCUUUGGUACACUCAUCGGGCAGAAGCAGGCUACCAUGUCCAGAUAUAACAACAAGAUCCAUCAAAUCGCAGAAAAAACUGGGACUGAGGACCUGAGUCCUCUGCAAAUCAAGAUGGCGGCAUUAAUGACUCAGAUCGAGGAGCUGGCAGCGAAUAUCAAGAGUGACCAGCAGCUCUGGAUGAAACGGCAGAGGACUCUAGUAGGACUGAGCCAGGAGAUAGAGGCCAACAGCAAGGACAUGCUCAAACUGCAGAUAGAGUACACUACCAUGCAGCAGAAGAAAAUAAGCUUGGAGAGUCAGAUUAAAGUAGAGCACCGUGAGGGGACGGAGCUGGACAAGAACAUGAAGAUCCUGAAGGGAGACCUGCUGAAGCUCAAGACCCUGCUGAGCAUGAACAGAGAGCUCAGCCAGGCGCUACAGCAGCAGCAUGCAUUGAUGGAGGCAGAUGGGCUCCACAGUCUUAAGGAGGCAGAGCGAGAGGCUAUCAAGAUGCGUAUGAAACACGAGAACACCCAGGAGGAAAAGGAGAGACUCCUCAACACUCUGGUGGAGGCAAAGUGGCAGAUUAUGUUAUGGGAGAAGAAGACCCAGCUUAUAAAAGAGACUCGUUCAGCUUUGGACGGGGUGGGAGACGUUCAGAUGAUGAAGGCUGAGAUACACCGUAUGGAGGUGCGACUCAACCAGCUGAUGAAGCAGCAGGAGCAACUGUUGAGGGAGAGUGAAGCAACCGUGGCACGAAGGGAGACCAUUGUCCUGCGCAGCGAGGCCAUCGCCCACCACUCUGCCCACCGCAGACAAACUAGUAAGGGCGAGCUGAACCGCAUCACACAGCGCCUGCAGCGCAAGCUCCGGGACACACAAAAGCAUGUGGCAGAGCGUGAGCAGGUGAUCGGGGAGCUACAGAAGAGCCAGGACAGUCUGAGCAACAGGCUCGCACAGCAGAAGCAGCAGCUGAUAGAACUCUGCGGCACCAGUUGCAUCCUUGAUCCUGAAUUUGGAAAUCUCCAAGACACAAAAGAUAGGAACCUAGUCCACCUAGUUGCUCUACAGGGCCGUGCCAAGAAGCUGCAGGGCGUGUGUGAGGGCAGCUACAAGGCUUCGUCCACCAGCGAAUCUGUUGUCGCCGCUCUGCAGAGCCAGAUGGAGCGUGUGCACGCCGUCAACACCAUCGUGCACCGCGUGUGUGAGGAGUUCCCUCAGCACCAGAGGGCACUGCACAGGCUGUCGCAAGCGCUUGAAGCACGCACACAAGAACCAUAGCAGGAGACGUCCUGAGAAGAAAGAUUAGAUAAGUGACGACCGGAGAAGUAUGCAAGCUCAUUUUAUUUUAAUGUUUGCAUUAUUAUAUACUUUAUUAAUGUUUCCAUUCUUAUGUUUUAAUGUUUGCAUUCUUAUGUUUUAAUGUUUGCAUUCUUAUAUGCUUUGAAUGAAAUACAAUAAUAAUUGAGUGUGAUGUGUUAAUGUUAUAAAAUAAAGACUUAAUAAUACAAAUAACUUAAUCCUUUUGAGUGCUUUUUUAAAUCCAGUUGCCAGUAUGGAAUCUAAGUGAUAUGUGGUUCAUUGGUACUAUUUGAAUGAUGAAAGGUUAGUAACAUAAAUAAAGGUUGUUUCUAGUGACAUUGUCCCAAUAAUUAAUGCAGCAAAGACAAAAAUAGAGUAAUUUCUUAAUCAUUCAGUAUAAUCAUGUAUUUACUGUAACUCAUCCACCUUUUGUUUGUUCAGUUACUGAAAAAAGGGCAAACAGCAGCACGUUUGAGCUCUUCAUAUCUUGUGCCAGGUCAAUGUGAUCAAAUUUCAGAUGACGUUAUUCCCUUGCCACUUCCUCAUUUUGCAAUUUAGAACAGUUUUGAGGUCUGUGAGGUUUCACUCCCAUUAAAGUCCAUAAAGCAUGUCGCCUGCAUAAUCACAUAAACAGCCAUGGUUGCUGAAACGGCACCUUUUUCGACAGUAUAUUGUAGCCAAACAAUGUGUGAUCUGCAUCACAUAAUUACUUAUUUUCUUUUCCUCUACUUUCCUCUUGAUUCCAGGUAAAGCUCCCCAUGUGCGCAGACAUUCCACACAACUACUUAAAAUGCACUCUUGUUUUAUAAAACAGAUUCCUCAUGACAUACAAACAUACUUUAUACAAUUUGUUAUGGUCAAAAAAAGUACCAUUUGUUGCAUCCUAAUUCAAUACCACACUAAUUCUAAGUAGGUCUUGUAGUACCCAGUCUGGAGAUGUGGCUAAAUUAAGUAUACUCAAAGGAUUAUUAUGCAUGCUAAAAACACUUAAUUUUUAGGUGAU